AUGGCAGCACCACCUUUUCCUUUUUUAUCUUCGCGCCCCAUAUCAGUACAUGCGACGACACCGACUACACCAGCGGUCGUUGUGCCUCCACCGCCGCCUCGCCAUUCCGUUUAUUCCAGUGAUCCGCGGGCACACCUGAUUAGCGCCAAUAACACGCAGGUUUACUCCUCUUCCUCGCCUGCCACCAACAAUAACAACAUUCUCCCUCCGAUAAACACGUCCCCUUCCGCUCAAUUUACCGAUAAUUUAAGCACGUCUGUCAAUGGCAGGUACCCUGCAAACAGCAUGCUGAUGUCACCUCGACACCAUUCGGCGAUCAGACCGCGACUUGAGAUGAGACGCAGUAGUGAGCCCAAUUAUCAUGUCACAGAAUAUAACGCAAUUGAUCGUCAUCCGCUGCCGCAUAGCUCUUACAAUUCUCCCACCACGAUGAACGGUUUUCCUUUUGAAAGAGAACAACAGCGACAACAGUCACCGAUCAAUUUGCCUAAAAAACUGGAUCACAUGAAGUUGACGGCGUUCCCGCCGAACAAACAGAUAAAUCGGAUCUCUACGUUGUCCAAGAUCCUGCGAGACGACGAAUUCGCAAAGGAUGGGCGGUCGAUGCGAUCGAUCAAUGGAAAGAGACCGAGAUUUGGAGAUCGAAGGGAGAACGGCGAUAGGGACAGCGAAGACUGUGACAGCAGCAGUAGUAAUGGAUACACCGACAGGUGA